ACCCCAAUCGAAACAUGAUCGAAUAUUCACAAACUCAGGCGAGAAGUGACCUGAGUUAUCGCAUUCGUUCGUUCGUUCGUUCGAGAGAGUUAUCAGGGAAGAGAGAGAAAGCAAAAAGAUGCCGAAGAAAAUGGGCGUCAACAGCAAAGCCGAGGCUGCUAGGGCUCGGAAAACCGCCACCGAAUCCGACAAGAAAGAGCGAGAGGCUCGAGAGAAAGAGGAACAAUACUGGCGAGAAGCCGAGGGCUCCAAGUCACGCGCCGCCAAGAAACGCGAGGAGGAGUCCGAGAAGCGAGCGGAGGCCGCCGCCCGCAAAGCCGAGGCUCGCCGUCUCGCCGACCAAGAAGAGAAGGAGCUUGAGAAGGCCGCCAAGAAACCUGACAAGAAGGCCAAUCGCGUGUCGAUCCCGGUCCCCAAGGUCACCGAGGCGGAACUCCAGCGGCGGCGCGAGGAGGAGCAGGCGCAGAUUCUGAAGAAGGCCGAGGAGGCGAAGAAGAAGCAGAGUCGGACCGCCGCCGAGGAGGAGUAUGAGAAGAUGGUGCUUGUUGCAAAUACCAAUCGCGACGAUUCGAUUAUUGAGGCGCGGACGGUUGAGGAAGCGAUUGCGCAGAUGGCUGUUGCGGAUAGCUUGCCGGUGGAUAAGCAUCCGGAGAGGAGGCUAAAGGCUUCAUUUAAGGCUUUUGAAGAAGCUGAGCUUCCCAGGUUGAAGGAAGAGAAACCAGGUCUCACUCAUACUCAAUACAAGGACAUGAUAUGGAAGCUAUGGAAGAAAUCACCAGACAAUCCUCUGAACCAGAAUGCGGAGUGAAUAUAUCUGAAAAGGCAGGCAAAUUUCCCGGAGGGGUUCAAAAAGGUUACUGUUUCAUGUGUAUUCAAGUAUAUAUAAUUAAUGACCUGUUUGUUCAUCAGCGUCCAUACAAGUUGUUACAACUUGAAUGAAGUAAUAACUCAUUAUUUUUCUGUGUCUUCUUAUUGUUAAUAGCUUCAGAGUCUACAGGCGUGUUUCUUUCUUCUCUGUCAUCGUAUAUGUAUAUAUGGUGAGUCAAUAAGCAACUGGGAUGAUGUAUAAGCAUGGAGAGUAGCCGUUCUAUUGUUUACUUUUGUUUCAGAACAUGGAGAGGUGAUUAUUUCAGAAUGUGCUACAAAUUAUUUCUGCUAUAGCCUAUUCUGGAUGUAGUCGGAUGGUUUUUGCAAUCAGAGAAGGGGAAACAGAACUUGAUGAAAUGUAAAUGACUUGUUUGGUUACUAUGAAAAACAUAGAGCAAGAGAAAAUAUGGGCAAGAAGAUGGAGAAUUUUUAAUUUUUCAUUAUCUAUGAUUUUAUUAAA